AUGCUCGAAUCCCAUAUUACGAGACGUCGCGCUAAACAGGAUCAAGAGGCGUAUGGAAGAAAUCCCCUCACAUCGGCCUCCCCCUUGACGCACCGUCACCCUCGUUUCCCCCGUGCCCGCGCGGGAACCUCUCGCCACCCCGCGCGCGCUCUUCUCGCCUUCCGCGCGGUAUCCCAUCGCAUCCCAGCGCGCGCUCCUCUUACCGCCCCGCUCGGCCUCCUCUCACCAUCCCGCGCGUGCUCCUCUCGCCUCCCCUCGCGUGCUCCUCUCGCCUUCAAUGCUCACGAAUCUCUUGCCUCCCCGCGCGGCCGCCUCUCGCCUCCCCGCGCAGCCUCCUCCCGCCAUCCCUCGCGCGCCCCUCUCGACUCCCCGCGCGUGCUCCUCUCUUCUCACCUACUCGUUCUCGUCUCGCCUCCCCUCGCGCGCCCCUCAAGCCUCCCCGCGCGUGCUCCUCUCUCCUCACCUACUCGUUCUCCUCUCGCCUCCCCUCGCGCGCCCCUCAAGCCCCCCCGCGCGUGCUCCUCUCUCCUCACCUACUCGUUCUCCUCUCGCCUCCCCUCGCGCGCCCCUCAAGCCUCCCCGCGCGUGCUCCUCUCUCCUCACCUACUCGUUCUCCUCUCUCUUCACCUUGCAUGCCUCCCACGCCUCCCCGCACGUGCUCCUCACUCCUCACCCUGCGUGCUCCUCUCGCCUCCUCGCGCGUGCCCCUCUCUCCUCACCUCCAAUGCUCUUCGAUCGCCAACCUUGCGCGUGCCCCUCUCUCCUCACCCUGCGUGGGCUCCCCUCUCCUCACCUUGCGUGCUCCCCUCUCCUCACCUUGCGUGCUCCCUCUCCUCACCUUGCGUGCUCCCCUCUCCUCACCUUGCGUGCUCCCCUCUCCUCACCUUGCGUGCUCCCCUCUCCUCACCUUGCGUGCUCCCCUCUCCUCACCUUGCGUGCUCCCCUCUCCUCACCUUGCGUGCUCCCCUCUCCUCACCUUGCGUGCUCCCUCUCCUCACCUUGCGUGCUCCCCUCUCCUCACCUUGCGUGCUCCCUCUCCUCACCUUGCGUGCUCCCCUCUCCUCACCUUGCGUGCUCCCCUCUCCUCACCUUGCGUGCUCCCCUCUCCUCACCUUGCGUGCUCCCCUCUCCUCACCUUGCGUGCUCCCCUCUCCUCACAUUGCGUGCUCCCCUCUCCUCACCUUGCGUGCUCCCUCUCCUCACCUUGCGCGCUCCCCUCUCCUCACCUUGCGUGCUCCCCUCUCCUCACCUUGCGUGCUCCCUCUCCUCACCUUGCGUGCUCCCCUCUCCUCACCUUGCGUGCUCCCCUCUCCUCACCUUGCGUGCUCCCCUCUCCUCACCUUGCGUGCUCCCUCUCCUCACCUUGCGUGCUCCCCUCUCCUCACCUUGCGUGCUCCCCUCUCCUCACCUUGCGUGCUCCCCUCUCCUCACCUUGCGUGCUCCCCUCUCCUCACCUUGCGUGCUCCCCUCUCCUCACCUUGCGUGCUCCCCUCUCCUCACCUUGCGUGCUCCCCUCUCCUCACCUUGCGUGCUCCCUCUCCUCACCUUGCGUUCUCCCCUCUCCUCACCUUGCGUGCUCCCCUCUCCUCACCUUGCGUGCUCCCCUCUCCUCACCUUGCGUGCUCCCCUCUCCUCACCUUGCGUGCUCCCCUCUCCUCACCUUGCGUGCUCCCUCUCCUCACCUUGCGUGCUCCCCUCUCCUCACCUUGCGUGCUCCCCUCUCCUCACCUUGCGUGCUCCCCUCUCCUCACCUUGCGUGCUCCCCUCUCCUCACCUUGCGUGCUCCCCUCUCCUCACCUUGCGUGCUCCCCUCUCCUCACCUUGCGUGCUCCCCUCUCCUCACCUUGCGUGCUCCCCUCUCCUCACCUUGCGUGCUCCCCUCUCCUCACCUUGCGUGCUCCCCUCUCCUCACCUUGCGUGCUCCCUCUCCUCACCUUGCGUGCUCCCCUCUCCUCACCUUGCGUGCUCCCUCUCCUCACCUUGCGUGCUCCCCUCUCCUCACCCUGCGUGGGCUCCCCUCUCCUCACCUUGCGUGCUCCCCUCUCCUCACCUUGCGUGCUCCCUCUCCUCACCUUGCGUGCUCCCCUCUCCUCACCUUGCGUGCUCCCCUCUCCUCACCUUGCGUGCUCCCCUCUCCUCACCUUGCGUGCUCCCUCUCCUCACCUUGCGUGCUCCCCUCUCCUCACCUUGCGUGCUCCCCUCUCCUCACCUUGCGUGCUCCCCUCUCCUCACCUUGCGUGCUCCCCUCUCCUCACCUUGCGUGCUCCCUUCUCCUCACCUUGCGUGCUCCCCUCUCCUCACCUUGCGUGCUCCCUCUCCUCACCUUGCGUUCUCCCUCUCCUCACCUUGCGUGCUCCCCUCUCCUCACCUUGCGUGCUCCCUCUCCUCACCUUGCGUGCUCCCCUCUCCUCACCUUGCGUGCUCCCCUCUCCUCACCUUGCGUGCUCCCCUCUCCUCACCUUGCGUGCUCCCCUCUCCUCACCUUGCGUGCUCCCUCUCCUCACCUUGCGUGCACCCCUCUCCUCACCUUGCGUGCUCCCCUCUCCUCACCUUGCGUGCUCCCCUCUCCUCACCUUGCGUGCUCCCCUCUCCUCACCUUGCGUGCUCCCUUCUCCUCACCUUGCGUUCUCCCCUCUCCUCACCUUGCGUGCUCCCCUCUCCUCACCUUGCGUGCUCCCCUCUCCUCACCUUGCGUGCUCCUCUAUCCUCACCUUGCGUGCUCCUCUAUCCUCACCUUGCGUGCUCCUCUAUCCUCACCUUGCGUGCUCCUCUCUCCUCACCUUGAGGCCUCCUCUCUCCUCACCUUGCGUGCUCCUCUCUCCUCACCUUGCCGCGCGCACCUGCCUGGUAAGCCCGCGCGAGAUCCUCUCGCCUCCCGCGUGCGCUCUUCUCGCCACUCGCGCGGCAUCCUAUCGCCCCCCCGCACGCGCUCCUCUUGCCUCCCCGCGCGUCCUCCUCUCACCAUCCCUAGCGUGCUCCUCUCGCCUCCCCUCACGUGCUCCUCUCUCCACACCAUGCGUGCACCUCUUUCCUGUACCUCGCGUCCUCCUCUCUCCUCACCUCGCGUCCUCCUCUCUUCUCACCUCGCGUCCUCCCCUCUCCUCACCUUGCGUGCUCCUCUCUCCUCACCUCACGUCCUCCUCUCUCCUCACCUCACGUCCUCCUCUCUCCUCACCUCGCGUCCUCCUCUCUCCUCACCUCGCGUCCUCCUCUCUCCUCACCUCGCGUCCUCCUCUCUCCUCACCUUGCGUCCUCCUUUCAACUCACCGCACGUCCACCUUUCUACUCACAUUGCGUCCUCCUUUCCUCCAAAUCACCAACAGUGAGGAUCUAGGAGGCGUGAGGGACUUCACCUUCUCUCUCCACGCUGCCUCCGCGUCUCGCGACAGCCUCCGUUGGCGUCGCUCUCUCACACUCUUGCAACGGCGGUGCUUCCGCAGUCCCCCUGCACGCCCGCAGAAAACCCUCGUUGCACGCCCUCUAUUUCCCACAUGUACGCCCUCGCUCCCCCUCUGCUCCUCUUGUCCCCCUAUGCUCAUCUUACCCCCUUCCGCUGGUCCUCCUUUCUGCACCACUUCCAACCCGAAGCUCCGCUGUUCCCCCUAUGCCCCUCUUUUUCCGCCCAGCUCCACUUUUCUCCUGUGA